AUGUGCAGGUGGACCAACAUUAUUCUGGCCGUGGGUUUAGUGGCCAGUUUGAGCUGGCCCACCGUCUUUCUCAGCCCAGCCGUCAUGCCGCAGUCCUUCGAGUCUCUGCGCGAGGCCCAACCGAAAGGAUUUCGCCAUUUGAUGCUGCCCAUCGACGCAGCCAAGCAUUGUCUAACUGGCGAAGAAACGGUGGCUCGCUCCGAAUCGUCUGAUGGACGUGGCGGCCAACCAAAUCUCCUCAGCGUCUUGCCGGGCCUCGGCUGGGACAACUUAGAAAACCAGGAACGCGGACCCACCAUUGACCGAGAACGAUAUACAUUAUGCCGACUGUCGUCGGACGGCUCUUUGCUGAUACCAGACGAUGCAGAUGUUGGUGAGUUCUUGGCUCACUACAAUCACUAUUGGUUGCUUCAUGGGUUUGGUGGUACUGUAUUAUCCGAACUAGUGUGGCAAAAUAUCUCAUCAACGUCCGGCCUUAAUUGUUAA